UACUGCUUGUUGGCAAAGUUACUCUGGCUGCUUGGCCCCAUAGCCAGCCAUGUAUUCUAUACUGUAUGUAUAGCUAUUUAACAUAUUGCCUAGUCAGACACUAUUCCAGCUGGCUGAUAAACAAUGUCUACCUCGCCAUCUUUUUCUUUUUCAAAUCUUGUCUCAUUGAUUGAGACAAGUGGGUGUCCACCCCAAAGUGCUGCACGUCAUGAUGACACUUGUCGGUCUCGAUCAAUGAGAGAAUAUUUGAAAUAGACAAGAUGGCGGCGUAGACAUUGUUGGAUUUUAUCAUGGAGCAAAAAUAAUGAUUACAUUUAAUAACAGAGCAUUUUCUAAAUUCAAACGAACCCCCUGCAACUAGACAUGGAUGUUUAAAAGACUGGGUGUCUUCCAAGUCCGGAAUUGAGAAAGUAUCGCCAAGUUAAGGGAGAGAGUUAUACUGUGAGUCGCCAUCAUCAUCAUGGCAGACUUUGACCAUGACCAGCAGGAGCCUGCAGGACUAGAUGGCUUGCCAGCCAUGUACAGUAUUGUGAAGGGAGAGGUGGCUUCUGUACAGACCUACGGAGCCUUCAUCAAGAUUCCUGGCUACAGGAAGCAGGGGUUGGUCCAUAUCAGUGAGUUGUCAGCCUGUAGGGUUGAGAAUGUUGCAGAAGUCGUCGACGUGGGAGAGCAGGUGUGGAUCAAGGUCAUCGGGAGAGAGAUGCGUGAUGACAAGGUGAAGCUCUCCUUCUCAAUGAAAGCUGUCAAUCAAGGAACAGGGAAAGACCUGGACCCCAACAAUGUCAUAGCAGAGCAGGAUGAGCGGAGGCGUAGACAGUUCAAAGAUGGUACAGGACGGAGGAUAACAUUGGAGGCUGUACUCAACACCACCUGCAAGAAGUGUGGCUGCAAAGGUCACUUCGCUAAGGACUGUUUCUCGGCCCCAGGGCUGCAGUAUGAUCUGAUACCUGAGGAGGGCGAUGAUGAGCCGCAGCAGCUACAGAAAGAGCCUAUCAACCCCAACCUCAUCCCACUAGCAGUCCGCAAAACCCAACCUCCACAGGACUCACACAAGAAGAAAAAAAAGGAGAAAAAAGAGAAAAAGGAGAAGAAGGGAAAGAAGAAGAAGAGGAAGAGAGAGAGGAAGGAGUCCGAAAGUGACAGCAGCAGCAGUGGACCCAGUCAGGCCAAGAGGGGGCGCCAUGACGACAGAGAGGACAGAAAGAAGAAGAAACACAAGAAACACAAGUCCCACAAACACAUCUGAGACUGAUCUGAUGGACUGACACACAUUGCACUAAACACACACAAAUUACACUGUAGACACACAUACACACAGUUAAAAUGUCAGCACGCACAUACACUGCGUAGACUUGGAUGGACACACACACACAAGUUGACGCAACAGUCAGAAUCCCCUCAUAGCCCCUUGCCCCUACCGUCUGACACAUGCAGAUCCAUAGAAACCUGAUAGGUGUUAGCAAUAUGGCAGCUUCCCUGAGCCCAUCGGAAAGUGAAGUAUAUAUUGCACCUAUCCAGUUCCCUCGGAUCUACCUUUAACACUGAAGAGGUUAGUGAUGUUUUCAGGACGAUAAUAUAGGUGUCUCAGAUCCCACAACACCUGGAGUUAACAUCUCAGGAACCAUAUCAAGACGUUGUAAUCUGUGCAGGCCUGUGCUGUGUUAGUAAUGCGUGUAUCUGGAACCAGUCCACCUGUCCUCAUUGGUCAGGUUAGACGCAUGACAUACACUACAUGACCAAAAGUAUGUGGACACCUGCUCGUCGAACAUCUCAUUCCAAAAUCAUGGGCAUUAAUAUAGAGUUGGUCCCCUCCUUGCUGCUAUAACAGGCUCCACUCUUCUGGGAAGGCUUUCUACUAGAUGUUGGAACAUUGCUGCGAGGACUUACUUCCAUUCAGCCACAAGAGCAUUAGUGAGGUCAGGCACUGAUGUUGAGUGAUUAGGGCUGGCUCACAGUCAGCGUUCCAAUUCAUCCCAAAGGUGUUCGAUGGGGUUGAGGUCAGGACUCUGUGCAGGCUAGUAAAGUUCUUCCACAACUAUCUCGACAAACCAUGCUAAAACAGGGCCUUCCCCAAACUGUUGCCACAAAGUUGGAAGCACAGAAUUGUCUAGAUUGUCAUUGUAUGCUGUAGCGUUAAGAUUUCCCUUCACUGGAACUAAGGGGCCUAGCCCGAACCAUAAACUGUCCCAGAUCAUUAAUACUCCUCCACCAAACUUUACAGUGGGUACUAUGCAUUAGGGCAGGUAGCGUUCUCCUGGCAUCCGCCAACCCCAGAUUUGUCUGUCGGACUGCCAGAUGGUGGCUUCAUUAAGCUCCUGACAAACAGUUCUUGUGCUGACGUUGGUUCCAAAGGAAGUUUGGAACUCGGUAGUGAGUGCUGCAACCGAGGACAGAGGAUUUUUAUGCGCUACACGCUUUCGCACUCCGUGAUCCCGUUCUGUGAGCUAGUGUGGCCUACCACUUCGCGGCUGAGCCGUUGUUGCUCCUAGACAUUCUCACUUCACUAUAACAGCACUUACAAUUGAUCGGGGCAGCUCUAGCAGGGCAGAAACUUGACGAACUGACUUGUUGUUAAGGUGGCAUCCUAUGAUGGUGCCACGUUGAAAUCCACUGAGCUCUUCAGUAAGGCCAUUUUACUGCCAAUCUUUGUCCAUGGAGAUUGCAUGGCUGUGUGUUUGAUUUUAUACAUCUGUCAGCAACAGGUGUGGCUGAAGUAGCCGAUUCCACUCAUUUGAAGGGGUGUCCACAUACUUUUGUAUAUAUAUUGUACACACAUCAAAGCAACACACACAGGAAGUGGUAAAGAAGAAGUAUAUGUGUUACAGGAGAUUCCCUAAAAACACGCCACUUCGAUACAGCUAUGACCGGAACUUACUUUUUCGUAGCAGGUUAGGAGAAUAAGGUUAGGGUUAGCAAAAAUGCUCUCCUAACCUACGAAAAGUCACGGUCAUAAUUGUAUGGAAGUGCUGUGUUUUUAGGGAGUCCCGGUCAAACAUACAGGAAACUCAUGCUUGCGAUAUCCUGUUGGUACACGCCCCUUAUUGUGUGUGAACAAGUGUACUCUGCAACAAUGUCAUCCAGUUCUUGAAGAUGUGUGUUUGUGUGCACAUGAGUUUGUGUAACAUGGUCCAUAUUCCUGUAUGCAAACUAUGAGGGUCUUUAUUAAAGAUUUGAACAGUCAA